AUGAUAAUUAUCAUUGGUGAUGUUUGCGAAAACCUUCUUACCAUCUGCUUGAUAUACCAACCGUCUUCAAGAACACCAAGGCAAGUGCGUUGUAGCGAUAAGUCGUUUUUGCCUGGGGAUACAAUGAAAAGAACAACUGCUCUAGUUUUCAUUAUAAUAUUGAUUUCAGGUGAUGGCAGAGCCAUUGGCUGUAAGGAAUUGUGCAAUCCAACCAGCGCCAGCAUCAACCUAACUGAAGCUUUUCAACAAUGCUGUAAUGAGGCUGAAAAAUGCGUUUUGCCAGAGCAGUUCUACAGCUUUCCCUGCUGGAAAGAGAGAAUGGAUUCUUGCGCAAGUAACGGAUCUCAUGAUCAGAUAACCGCAACUACUAUAAAAUCUGAAUGUUGCAAAAACGUUACAGAUAACGACUUUACAGCACGAAGAAAUACCAGUUCAAAAUGCCGCUUCAUAAAUGUCAGAUGGGGAAGAGUGAAGUUUCAAACGAAGUAUGAUCCGGUCGAAGGGCCAUGGAAAAAAGAAACUUGGUCAUUUUUCCUGAAAAUGGUGUCACAAAAGUGCUUAGAAGAACCUCCUGUCCAAAGGCGUCCCGUUAACAUUUUGUAUACAUACCCCUACUACACUAACGAUAAAAAAAAGACUGUGUUUAGUUAUAAGUCUCCGAUGGCAUAUUUGGUAGUGGAAAAGCAAAGUUUCAGCAUGUUUACAGUGGUCUAUGCCUCCUUUAGCCGAAUGUGGAUAACACUGCUCCUAUGUGUCAUGUGGACGUUGAUAUCAGGAGUUAUUAUAUGGCUACUUGUGAGUAAAUAUCUCGGUUUCUUAUCUUUCAUGUAGUUGUUAUAAUUAUGUGGCGCGCAGUAAGCAGAGUAAGUGCUACGUAGAACUAACUACUCUCUAAGACUGCUCACUGACUGAGCUGAAAUGAAGCAGAUACUAGUUAAAAUAAAUAGUACUUUCAACUAAGUGGUACCCGCCACAGAAAACAAGAAAUGAAUUGAGACUAGGACAAGUAUGUUGCUGGUAUACACCAGACGUCACAACGGCGAUGUAGGUGAUCAAGAACGAAAGGUUUAUCUCCUCUGCGAACUGCAACAUUUUCAUGUAAAUACUUCCAAAAAUUGUUUAUUGUAUUGAACACCUUGUCACAUGGCUGCAAACCAAGAAUAAAAAAGCGCAAUGAAUUUGGGCAGGAGAAGUUAAAAUUUAGGAUAGAAAGAAAUUAACAACUAGUGACACGUAAACGCUGGAAAAUUGUGUUUUAUAAUAAAAGGGCUUACCUAUCCAUUAAUCUAAGAUUUGCAUUAAGAGUUGCCCUUUUGACAGGAAGAUGUUCCUUCUGAUGUCGGUCUUUUCUUGAAGGCCAGUGGGGGCGGAGGGGGGGAUAAAUGGAUGGAUGGAUGGAUGAUACACCAAAUGGCUUCUCAUAGCUAUUUUUUUGUACCCAUGGGCAAAAUGCAAUUGCUUUGGCUAAGAGUUAUGAUGCCAUUUAUUAGAAAGAGUCUGCGAGCAGCACAUUUUGUAUCACAAUUUUUCGUACUAAUUUCUUUUUUAAGAAUUUUUUUUAAUUGAGGCCAAAACCGCAAUUCAGAGGUAGUCAUGUUUUUUUUUCAUCAUCCGCAAACUAUUGGUUUCCGGUUGAUAAUGAGAGAAAUUUUCCGUCAGUGUAGACUUCUAUUUUAUUGCUUUUUACUCUAGCUUACCUUAGCUAAAGGGAAAAUAUUUGAAAGAAAACACAGUUGUCGUUGCUACUGUUCUCUCUAUCUUAUUUUUAAUCAGGAUCAUAAAAUUAACCAGCGCCAGUUUCCCUUGUCUUUUUGGAGAGGAGUUCGUGAAGGAGCCUGGUGGGCAUUGGUUACAAUGACGACUGUUGGGUAAGUAGAAGGAGUACUGUCACGUAAUGUGAGUAGGAAAACCCUUACUCCUUUUCAACAUGAAAUUGCUUCAGCUGCGUUAAUAAGUAGGAUCAUGCAACCAUCCCUUUUGUGGUCAUGGUCUUAGGAUCAUGAUUAAAAUGUGUAAUUUUAAAAAGUCUCCAGCCUUGUUGAAGGAAGAAACCAUCGUUAAAAUAAUUAUUAAGGGAAGGCAUCUAGCUUCAUACAAUGCCGUAAAUGCUACGCUGGCGCUAUGAUUGGUCGUUUCUCAUUAUUUAAUAGAGUACAGAUACGUGGAUGACGUCACGGGAAACUAAAAUGUAAUAAAACUAAAAAUGCUUGAAUAUUUUUAAAAAGAUAAACCAGUGAGCAAAACUUCUGCGAACGUCUUGAGUUGUAAAGUUGUUUUAUUGUCUCCUACGCGUUUUGUGUGAUUAGCGCACAUCUUUGUUUUUACCACGUUUUGAUGUCCUCUGUGACCUAUUACUAAACAGACGCAAGGCAACAUUGAAUUUAUUUCUUAAGUAGUAACUGAAGAGGAGUUAAUCUGUUGCUAAGACGGUAAGGCAUUUUCUGCAUGGGAUGUUACUUGUUCUGAUUAGGAAUGAUGUAAGCAGAAGGGUUCGAAAGAACAGACUGCCUGCCGACAGAGAGAAUCACAAAAGAACAGAUUUUAUAAUAAGCACUUAGAACACGCGAAUGAGAGGAGACUAAUUCUAAACAGGGACAAGGACAAAUAUGCCCGCACACGUCACAGAUUCCAUGCGAUUCCAUAAGCUUUUGGAUCAUCAUGAGAAAUUUUGGAAUACCUAGAAAAUGCUUAGAAAUAUAAUGAUUUUAAGGAGAGAGUCUGGUUAAACAUCAAGCCAAGGUUUCAUUCAAUCAAAAAAUGACUCAGUUACUAAUAGUAAGCCUUGGUUCAAUAACUUUUGCAAAAUUUUGGAAUACCUAGAAAAUGCUAGAAAUAUAAUGAUUUUAAGGAGAGUCUGGUUAAAUAUCAAAGAUUUCAUUCAAUCAAAAAAUGACUCAGUUAGUCAGCCUUGGUUCAAUAACUUUUGCAGAAUUUUCGUAUGAUUUUUCGAAUGUUUUUAAUACAAAAAUAAACAUACGGGGAAGGGGUGUUUAAAUUUUUCGAAACUUGAAAAAUAUUGGAUUUGGGGGUUGUUAAAAAUUAGAAUGUAAAGUGAAUGAUAAGUAUACAAAUGCCAUAUAGUCCACUACCACAACAAGGUGCCUUUGAUCCCUUAAGCGGACUUAUUGGUUUAUGUGUAUACCUUUUCUACCCUGACUUAUUUUCUUCCUAAAUCAACAUCAUUUCCCACACAAAAGCACCCAGAUUGCCCCCUUAAUAGCAGACAAGGCUUUGACCGUGCAGUUGUAGACAACAACAAGAACAACAACGACACAGCAUCUGUCCUGCUGGUGGUGAAUUGAGUCAUGAUGAAGAAAAACAGUGUGAAACGUUAAAACUUUGAGGAAUGGGCACGCGCAAAGCAAGGAGAGGAUUGUGGUGAACGGUGGACAGAUGGAGGAUCUUUAAGAGUUUGGUUAGCCUUGGAGCCUACGUUGUCAACGAAAUAUAUCGAAGAUCAAAUGGCAGUAAAAGAGGACAAAAAGGAGAGUGCCGAGUAAGCAAGCAGACAUCAACAUGAGUUGUGAGCGGCAACGUAGGUGUAAUUUGCGCUAGGGCAGGCCAUUUACUCUGGGGUGGGGUGAGAAUGACGGCAUUGCACUAGUCGAGUAUAGGUGUUAGGAUCGAAGAACGCGUGGAAAAGGGAGACACGACUUGGAGGAGGACUGUGGAGAAAGAAUGGAACAUAGCAGGUUGGACGAACAAGAAUAUGGCCAAAGAAUAUGACAGGCAGCAUGGCGGCCUUAGAAAUUAUGACACGGAGAGACACAACGAAGAUGGUGAUAUUCAGUAGGAUUCUCUCCAAGAGCUCCACAUUCCUUACUGGGUCAAACGGUUGCGUCUGUGUUACUGUUAACUUCUGUAAGAAAUUAAUGACAUAAUUACCGUGACAUUAUCUGGUAAUACAAGUAGAAGAAUAUUAAAAAAAAAAAAAUGAAAAUGAAACAACGUUAAUUUUCAUACAUUUUUCCCGUAUAGGAGGCAGUGGCUUACGAGCUCGAGAAAAGUUAACCUGGGGAUGGCAUAACUUGUUCUUGGUAGUGUAGAAUAAUUCUUUCCUUUUGUCUUCAGAUAUGGGGAUAAGACUCCUAAGUCUCUACCGGCUCGUAUUUAUUCCGCUGUCUGGAUGAUUGCUGGCAUGAUAAUCCUCUCAAUGUUCACUGCCGAAGUUACGUCUGGAAUGACGUCUGAAAAAUUGAUGCCUCAUGACAUGUACCUGGGGAAAAAAGUAAUUCUUCUUCCCUUCAUUUUACUGUGGGCACAAGGAAUGAUUGAAGGUGGAAAGGGGGGUCCAAAACACAUAAACAGCUUCUUAAUGUAUGUUUAAAAACGGAGCGAAUAUGACAGAUUAACGAACAAGAAAAAUAACUGACAGAGAAUACCGAUAACAACAGCAUUUCUUCAAUAAACCACUAGUUUACAGUUAACCUUUUUUUGCUCUCAAACUGUUUCCCUGCACGAUAAUAGACCCUUUCAACGCGGUUUUCAAAAUUUUGACAUGGACCCGUUUGUGAAAAUCUUCCGGGUCCGCUGAAAAAAGAUCCUAAAAAAAGCACAAUAGCCAAGUUUGAGAAUGAUUUGGGAAAAAAGGACGAAGAAAUAACUCUGCAAAGUCGCAAAUGUCUCCGCAGGCGUUUGUGUGAUGGGGGGUACCAAGUUAGAUACGCCCACCAUACAAACCACUAUAAAAUUUAGGCAGCUAUAUCUUGCAUUAGCCGUUUACUCAUAUUAAGGCACCCUUUCAAGGGGGUCAAUAGACCGAUUGCAAAUAUGGCGACGAUUUUUACCAAAGCGAGGCUUUUCGGUAGCGACCGUUGCUAGGGGCCGGUUGCCUGUGUUUACCUGUGCCGUUGCUGGAAAGACUGCUGCUUCUCAGGCGUCUUUUCCUUUAAAUUCGACAAAAAUAAGUCAAUUUUCUUCGCUGAAAAAGGUUUCUAUCUGGUAUGUACCCUUUGAAUACUGUUUUUCUAUCAUGCUAAAUUGAACGAUCAACUGACGCACAGCGAUAUCAGACAGAGUGAUUUGUAGCGAUCGCGAUAACUUUGACUGCCUGAUAUUUUAUAUCCGUUGUAUUUAAGGUUCAUAAGCUUAAAUAUUAUCAUUCUAAAAGCUGAUCUUCAAUUUUUAGAAUUGGAUUGCAUGCAUGCCAUUUUUGCUGUAAAAUUUAUAAAUAGUGAAACAUGCCGGAUAGUUGUUGCGUGCCUUUGUGCUGCAAGAGUGGUUAUCGUGUAGGGCCGGGUGGGAAAAAGAUCACGUAUCAUUGCCUUCCAUCGGAUGCUGUAAGACUUAAGGUACUACUUUCAAAAUACUUGUUCAUUUAACCUAUCGUUUCAGAUUUCUGAUAUUCUCGAUACGACUUAUACUUCAGGAGUGGCUUGUGAAAAUUCGACGAGACCUUGCAUUUCAAGAUAACUGAUUUUCGUGUAACCUUAACUGGUCGACGAUAUUUAAAGGAUGAUGCUAUUCCCUCAAUUCUCAAGUUUCAUGGUCGGCAGCAUCCCCUAAGCGAAAAUCACCACGUGAGAGGUCACCAAGCCAUUCCAUUUAUAUAUUAUUUUACUCUCGAUAACUCGAACCAUGUUUUGAGCCCUUAAAAAGUCGGGAAAAACCAGUCUACUGGCGUCCAAAACAUUGAAUUUUGAAUUCCCGUUGACGUGUUGUAGGCAUAUAGUUUACUAGUGGAGGUUGAUGUUGUUUGUCACAAAUCUAACGUGAAACAGCUUUACUUCUCAAAACAGUAAAACGCAUGCUCUAUUUAGGCAACAUUUUGUUCGGUUACGUUCUGAUUUAUAAUCUAGAAGUAUCUUUCAAUUUUCACUUAACAUUAUUUCUACAAUUAACUGUGAUUAAAAUGUUCACUGUGUAGUAAAAACUGUCAGUUUUUCCUUACUCCUGGCUAUUUUCUUCGAGCUUCCGAUAACUCGAUCUUUUUUCGAUUUCCCUUGAAGGUUCGAGUUAUCGGGAGUCAGCUGUAUAGGCAAAGUAAAAAGCACUGACCUUUAUUUUAACACAACGAACUGACGUUAACUUCUUGAACGUUUUAUAUUGUUUCCAGAGUAAAAAAACAAUAAGAUAACGGACUUGCAUUAGCAUAAAAACAAGCGAUCAGCCCCGAGCAACGGUUGCUACCGAAAAGCCUUGCUUUGGUGAGAUCGUCGCCAUAUUUGCAGUCGCUCUAUAGACAGCCCUGUAUAUUAGACCUUUGUCGACGAGGCUAGCCGUGCACAAACAAAGCUUUUAAAAUCCCCUAAGACAAAAUGUCCGCCGUGGGACAAAGGUCUAUCGUUUUCUUCUUUUGUUGGUUUUUAGAGCCUCUAUUACCAUGCAGAACGGCCUGGUACCAUAGAGUUCUCUCGUGUUAUAGAGAUACUUUAAAAGGGCUUGUACAAACACCGGUCAUCUCAUAAUUAUUUUUCCCUGUUUGGAAGCCCAAUUGGAUCUUUUUGCCCGGAGAAUUUUAAAAUUGCUGUUCAUGUUAUGCAUGUGCUGUGUCACAGACUAAAAUUUGGAAGUUAAACAUUUUUGAGAAAUUAAAUCUAUUGCUAAACAAAUAUACUCUAAAUCAUGCAUAUAAUCAUAGUUAUAUCUCAAUAUUAGGUUGGAGUCCCUUUUUAUAGCAAGCGUUUCUUUAAAGAAGAGCUCAGAGGAGCAAAGAUAAUAGGUACUGUAAUCUGGAGAUGAUUUGUGAUGACCAGGUGGUAGUAAUAUUCCAUUACACCAGUUCAUGCAGUUAGCAUAUACACCUUCAAUUCCACCAAAUUUCCCGUCUCAAUAUAUCUAGACCUCAAGAAAACGUAGUAUCCAUUAUCAUGACCCGGAAACAUCAUUCUGUUUUUAUGUGAAUAUUCAGGAAGAUACCGUAUUCCCAAUCUACGAACCCCUGUAUACCGUGCACCCAGAAACCCUUAAAAAGUUUGGGUAAGAUUUUCCCUGGAUGCACUACUUUCUAGAUAUUCUCGCUUCUGUUACCCUCUUUAUCUGCAAACCUUCGUACUACCUUUUCAUGGACCUUGCCUGGCCUAAUGAAGCAGAUUUUGUAGUCCAUACAGUCAUGUUGGUUAAUGUAGCAGUUCAUGCUUGACAUCUGCAAUUGUGUGUAAUGCUUUUCAGAGAUAAAUUCCACCGGAAGUUUGAUUAAAGACUUGAAAAAAGGAACUCGUGGAAUAGAGGGAAUAGUUCUCCAUGACUGUGAAGAAUUUGAUGAAGGCACAAACGAAAAAUUUCAGUCUGUACGGGCGUUGAGAAAUCCCUACGUUGGAAUAUUCCUCAAAGGUGCUUCUCGCAAGACGAGAUCGUGUGUUCAGAAUAUGGUGGAAAAGCAUCACCAUGUAACUGAAUCCUUUGACGAAGCUCCAGAAUGCGAGAAGAACUCCCCAAUUGAUAUGAACGAAUACGGUUCAAGAAAAGGCUUAGACCAUCGAGAAGUAACCAGCAUCAUCAUGUACGUUUCUACUGGUCUUGUUGUGUUGAUGAUUGUGGCAGGCGGUGUUUGGAAUUUGAUGAAGACAAGGAAUCUUCCCAGAAAAAAGGAAGGUAAGAGAAAGGUCUGGUUUGAAGGAUUCAUUCAUUACUUUCAAUUUCGGUUCAAGAUCACAAUUUUUCUUGUCUCAGGUAAACAAUACCGAUACCCAGAAAGGUAAUAAGCUAUUCUCGCCUCAUCUGAAUUCCGGAGUCAGGGCAGUUUUUGCCCGCUUAAUUUUGGAAUCCGAAAACCAGGAACAAUUUGGCUUGUGGAAUCCGGAAUUCUGGGCUUUGGAAUACGGAAUACCAGUCAAGGAAUCCUAAAUCCUACUUAAGAUUGGAAUCAAGAAUAUAUAAGUUUCACGGACAAAUAGUGGAAUCCAUCCGGAAUCCACAGCCUGUAAUCCAGAAUCCAAGACUGUCUUGGAUUUCCUUACAUAGGGUGACUGUUCGUCACGUAGGCUCUAUUCCUUCUUCCAGCCCUUAUAUUCAUUUUCUUGUUUCAGGUAACGUUGGAGACCAUGGGAGUGUAGAAAUGAAUGCGACAGAGGAAGAAAUAGAAAUCAGAGUGAUCAAAGAAGACAAAGAUGUGAGGAGAAGCUUGGAGGCCCCUUCAACAACUGAAGUUCAAUUAGAAUAA